UCUUCCAGUCAUAAAUCAAAACCUAGCAAAGAAAAGGGAAAAAAAAAAAAAAAAGAAAAGAAAUUAGAGGAGAAAUUAAGUGCAUGCAUUUUUAAAAGAGAGAGAUCUGCAGAGAGAGAGAGAGAGAGAGAGAGAGAGAGAGAGAGAGAGAGGAUGGAUUGUAGUAAGAGAGGAGAGAGAUGGUCUCUUGCUGGAGCAACGGCUCUGGUCACAGGAGGCACCAAAGGGAUUGGGCAUGCUAUUGUUGAAGAGUUAGCAGUACUUGGUGCAACAGUGCAUACAUGUGCUAGAAAUGAAGUAGACCUCCAAAAUUGCUUGAGUAAAUGGGAAAAAAUGAACUUAAAAGUCACUGGAUCAGCUUGUGAUGUCUCUUCUAGAUGUGAAAGAGAGAAACUAAUGGAGAGGGUCCAAUCCAUUUUCAAAGGAAAGCUCAGCAUACUUGUUAACAAUGUAGGAACAGGGCAAUCUAAGCCAACUACAGAGUACACAGCAGAGGACUACUCU